AUGUCCGUUCCCACUCCAGAAAAACGUUUCCAACUUGAGAAGGAAGUUGUUGCUGCUAUCCCGGAUCUUUUGGUGAUCAAGCCAAAGGUAAAUUCCUUUAAUUUUAAAAAACUAUCUAAUUUCUUCACUUUUCAGGUGUUCCCGGACGAGCGCGGAUUCUUCUCCGAGAGCUACAACAAGACCGAGUGGGCCGAGAAAAUCGGGUACACCGAGGACUUGCAGCAGGUCUUGACGCGAUGAACUUUCACCUUUCAAAUUCAAAUUUUUUCAGGAUAACCACUCGUUCUCCCAUUAUGGCGUUCUCCGUGGUCUUCACUCUCAACCACAUAUGGGAAAAUUGGUGACUGUGGUAGGUAAACUGUUGAUUUUUUGAAUUUACGUUUCAAAUCCAAUCAUUUCAGGUGAGUGGAGAGAUCUUCGAUGUGGCUGUUGACAUUCGCAAGGACAGCCCGACGUACGGAAAGUGGCACGGAGUGAUUCUGAACGCGAACAACAAGCACGCUUUCUGGAUUCCGGCUGGCUUCUUGCACGGAUUCCAGGUGCUCAGCAAGGAAGGAGCUCAUGUCACUUACAAGUGCUCAGCUGUGUAUGACCCGAAAACUGAAUUCGGUCAGUGAAAUCCGAGGGAAAUAGCGAUAAUCUAUAUAUAUAUAUUUUGUUUUCAGGAAUCAACCCAUUCGAUGAGGAUAUCAACGUGGACUGGCCGAUCAAGGAUUCUUCCCGCCUGAUCGUCUCAGAGCGUGACACCCAACAUCCAUCCUUCAAGUCCCUCUAA